UAGAUAUAUUUGACUUCUUAAGCGGCUUCAAUUUUUGUACUUUCAGUUUGUCCUCGUAAGGUACAAAGGUAUUCCUAUCUGCACAAUGUAACAGGACUGCGAAGAAACAAAUGUUUAAAAUGAAAGGAAAUUUCACGUAUUGCAUUUACCAUGCAGCAAAAGCACGUUCUGUGUUUUCAAAUAUACACUCCAGAUUUGCUGUCAUUAACAAGCAAACAAAACGGGGCAAGUUCAGUUUUGUCCUGCCCCAUAAGACGACACAUUCAAGAUUAGUACCAGAAUUUAUACAAAAACCACCAUAUGCAGUCAAUGGAGUGGUGAGCCCGAGGCCCUUAGAAAUUGAAAUCAAAACCAAGGAACAAAUUGCUGUGAUGAGAAAUACAUGUCGACUGGCAAGAAAAAUUCUAGAUUGUGCAGGAAGACAGUUAAAGGUUGGAAUGACAACAGAUGAAAUUGACGAGUUUGUUCAUCAGAUGUGUGUAGACAAUGAGGCGUAUCCAUCCCCUCUAAUGUACCACAACUUCCCCAAAUCAAUUUGUACAUCAGUCAACAAUGUAGCUUGUCAUGGUAUACCUGACCUCCGACCUCUUGAGGAUGGGGACAUCGUCAAUGUUGAUGUCACGAUCUUUAAGGAUGGCAUGCACGGUGAUGUCUCUAAGACCUACAUGAUUGGCUCAGUGGAUGAGGAUGCCAGAGAGUUGGUAGAAGUAACAGAACAAUGUCUGAAUGCUGGCAUAUCUCAGUGCAGACCAGGACAAAAAAUAAUAGCCAUUGGAACCGCCAUCAGAAAUUUAGCAGAAUCUCGCGGGUUUUCCGUCCUCCCAGCGUUCUGUGGACACGGAAUUGGGUCAGACUUCCACGCACCUCCAGAAAUCAUGCAUAUCCCUUUAACGGAGUACGAAUCCCAGCACGUGACGAUGAAGGAGGGAAUGACAUUUACAAUAGAGCCCAUUCUGUCAGAGGGAACCGACAUGGUAAAUAUUUUGGAGGACGAUGGAUGGACGGCGGUAACAGAGGACGGAAGUCGGUCCGUGCAGUUCGAGCACACUGUUUUAGUAACCACUGACGGGUGUGAAAUAUUAACAUUGUCUGAGGAAGAAUUGUAACGAGACAAUCUAAAUAAUGAUCAUGUAAAAUGAAUUCCGUAAAUCUGAACAGAGAGACAGUUGCUCAACAUCAGUAUCAAGUGGCAUACUGUCAGUACUGCUUUACUUCAGUAUUAAGAAUGUUUUUUACAAUUUCAAAAGAUGCUGUCGAUUUGCUUUUUAAAUGAAGAAUUUAUCUGUA